UCCACCUUCCUCUUCUCUCUAUCCAACAAACGUAACAAAAUGGGUAAGGUUCACGGUUCCCUCGCUCGUGCAGGUAAAGUCAAGUCUCAGACCCCCAAGGUUGAGCCCCAAGAGAAGAAGAAGGUCCCCAAGGGCCGAGCUCAGAAGCGAUUGCAAUACACCCGACGAUUCGUCAACGUUACUGUCGCUCCUGGUGGCAAGCGAAGGAUGAACCAACAGCCCGUCGGCAAGUCCGGUUAAGCAAAUCGAGACCAGAUUGGGAUGGAUGCAACAGGACCUGUUUUUGCACGGAAAUCGAGUAAACAACAGUGCAGCGUGUAUACUAAGUAUUCAUCAAAUUCGUCAAGUCAUUGCAACAUUGGGGUACACUAGGUGGUACAGGCAUUUACAAUUGUCCUCGGAUGGUACAGGAGUUGGCACGUAACACUACACCGACGUGGCCCUCGCCUUACACAGUCCCCUAUAGUUGGUCAUCAGUCACCGGGGUUGUAAUGGUGUUUUCAGUGGCGUUUUGCAUAUGAGACAAUUCUUCGGUCAUGUAAUCGUGGCCGUAAUGAGAUUCUUCAAGAUGCGGAGA